AUGUCGUACCCUCAAGAAACAUUCUUUCGAACUUCACUAAUAUCAGGGUCUCUGCUGGCUCGAAGACGCGAGGUUGUCUCAUCAAACACCCUGCUCUAUCAGCUUGACGUAUUGAAAAAGACAGGCAGAUAUGACGCGUUCAAAUUGCAAUGGCAUCCUUCAUAUUCUGAUCCUCCAGAUGUCUGGCCCAUUCCGAAUCAUCUCUUCUGGGACUCGGACGUUGCCAAAUGGAUCGAAGGAGCAUGCUAUUUCUUACGUGAACAACCGGACCCCAAGAUCCACGUGGCGGUAAAAGAGUUGGUUCAAAUGAUACAGUCUGCCCAGCAACCAGAUGGAUAUAUUAACAUCCACUAUACAGUGGUCGAACCCGGCAAACGUUUCACCAACCUUCGAGAUUUCCACGAACUGUACAAUGCCGGACACUUGAUCGAAGCCGCUCUGGCUCACAACCACCUCUACCAUAAUGAUGAUCUGCUUGGCCCGAUGUUGAAAUACGUGGAUCUCCUGUGUCGAAUAUUCGGACCCGGCGAGAACCAAGUCCAUGGAUACCCCGGCCAUCCUGAGAUUGAGCUGGCUCUUCUCCGACUGUAUCACCGGACGAAGGACCGCAAACAUCUAGAUCUGGCGACGUAUUUCAUCACAGAGAGAGGCAAUCCCUCUGGCGACCACGGGAAACAUUACUAUGUGGCGGAGGCGGAGCGGCGAAAUGAAUCCCCAUAUACAAGACCAAGAUACUGGGCCGAUUCGGACGCUCUGUGGUACUACCAGUCUCAGGAGCCGCUGGUGGAACAGCAGACCAUCCAAGGCCACUCGGUACGAGCAAUGUACCUGCUCACCGCCGCCGCGGAUCUAGUUAGAUCUGGCAAGUCUCCUGAUGCACGCUUAAAGAGCGGGGUAUCCCGACUCUGGGACAACAUGGUAGACUGCAAAAUGUAUCUGACAGGAGGAAUUGGGGCCAUGAAGCAGUGGGAAGGGUUUGGCUUGGAUUAUUUUCUGCCCCAAGGAACGGAUGAAGGAGGUUGUUAUGCAGAGACCUGUGCGGCCAUCGGCGUCAUGAUGUUAGCCGAGAGAAUCCUACAGUACGACCUCGACCGACGAUUUAGCGAUGUCAUGGAAUUGUGUCUAUAUAACGCCGUGUUGACAGCCAUGUCGCACAACGGCACGAAAUUCACCUACGUCAAUCAACUCGCGUCCAGCGAUUCGGACCUUUCUAAGCGUGAGGAAUGGUUCACUUGCGCUUGCUGUCCGCCGAAUAUGCUGAGAUUGCUGGGUCAGGUGGGAGGGUAUAUAUGCACGCAGCAAAAGUCCGGUCCAGAAGGGCCACCAUCAACGCAGGUCAAUGUGCACCUAUACGUCUCCAGUCGAUGCGAAUUUGAGACUGGUCAUGGUCAGCAGGUGGUCUUGACCCAGAAGACCAAUUGGCCAUGGAGCGGACAAGUCGAGUUCAAUCUCUGUACGAAGUCAGAUCAGGUCAGUCUGGCACUUCGCAUACCUGGAUGGACUACAUCGUGGAAAAUGACCCCAUCACCGCCCACCACCACCUUACGGAACGGCUACCUGAUUCUACCACCGACAUACCUCUCGUCCCACCCGUCAUUUACGCUCGAUAUCCCCAUCGCUCCUCGCCUUGUCUCGCCGCAUCCAUACACUAACCAACCCAUCCUGGCCCUCAGCCGUGGCCCGAUCAUAUAUUGCGUUGAAGACACCGACAACACCUGGGUUCAAGAUCACUUUAAAAGCGUCCAACUCGACCCUCACUGCCAAGUAGUUGAGAAAACCGUCACAGAUCCAAAAACAGGAGAUACUUAUGUUUCUCUCACGGUCAUCAAUGGUGGCGCCAGCGUGAUGAAACCGCAAGAUGUUCACGCAUCUCCGAGCGUAGAGGUGACAGGACUGGAUGAAAAGCUGCAACGCGAUGUGAGAACUAUUGAGGAAUUGAAUUUUGUGCCGUAUUAUUUUAGAGCGAACAGAGGAGGGAGUGGGCAGAUGAGAGUGGGGUUACGACGGUGGAAUAAGGCAUCGAUGGGACGGAUAGACAGAUAG